AUGCCUUCAUUAUUUUUCCUAAAGGAACGCACAAACGAGGUGAUGGCUUUACGAGAACGUGCCAUCUUGGCAGAAGAAAGAGCUGAGGCUCAACAGCGCGAAAUGGCGCGUCUCUAUGAACGUCUUGUAGAGUCUGAGAAGGCAGCAUCACGCAUAUCACGGUCUCUUUCCACGGAGAGGUUUGAAAAAGAGCGUGAACGCUAUCCAUCCGAAAUGCAUUCAGUUCCCGGGUCUUACCGUGCCUCAGCCUACUCUGUUAGCUCGGGAAGGUACACCACUUCACGACUGCGAUCACCUCACCGUGAAAAAGAAUUGGGCUGA